AUGGCGGCCCUGUUCCAAGAUCCCAGCAGAUCGGUGAAGUUGGACGAGGACCAGAUCGCGGAGCUCCGCGAGAUCUUUCGCUCCUUCGACAAGAACGGAGACGACAACCUCACCCAGCUCGAGCUCGGCUCGCUCCUCCGGUCGGUCUGGCUCAAGCCCAGCCCCGAGCAGCUCGAGGCACUCACCCAGAGGGUUGAUACCAACAACGGCCUCAUGGAGUUCUCCGAGUUCGUGGCCCUCAUGGCACCCUCAGUCCUCCCCGGCCCCUACAAGUCUCCCUACUCGGAGGAGCAGCUGAGGCGGAUCUUCAAGCCGUUCGAUUGGGAUCAGGAAGGGACGAUGAACAGUGUGGCUUGAGCAGGAAGACGAUGAAUAGUGUUCUGGAGGGGAGAGAAAGGGUGGGGCAAAAUUGAGAAAUUUUAAAAAGUGAGGGUCGUUUUGAAAUUUUAAAAAAUUUAGAGUUGAGUUAAAAUUAGGAUUUUAAAAUCACAUCAACAAUCCAAACAGAGCCUAAGUGAUGAGAUACAUUGUAUGUAUAUUUUAUUUAUCCUUGUGUGAGAGAUAAAUUAUGACUUUACUA